UUCUCUCGCACACCAAACUCCUUGUGUCUCUCACCAGCUUCUGACACAGACUUGGCACCUCUCAGUGACGGAUCUUUGCGUCUAAUUCACUUUUUCUCUCGGGGGCUAAAUCUGAGGAAACCCAACAACAAGAACCCCUCCCCCAUGUUUCUAAUUCCCAGUAAAUCGAAUCAUGGUAGAGAAUUUACUUCCGACUCGGUUCCAAUUCCAUCUCCAGAGACUUGAACCGAAGCGUCGUCUUACUUCUUUACUUGCUUCUCACAAGACAACACUCUUCACAUUUCUCUGGAUCGCCGCCUUUGGUUCCGUCUUCCUAUGGCAACGAACGGCUUACGUCUCCUCCGGCUCCAGAGCUGGUCCCGUCGGAGGAAAGUUCACUAUUUUCGGUAAGAUCAAACCGGUUCGGCCACUGCCUCGAUUGAGACCUGUGGUGUUCGAUUUGAAAGAUUUCGGAGGUGUUGGAGAUGGGUUUACGCUUAACACUGAGGCGUUUGAGAGAGCCGUGGUUUCAAUCUCGAAGCUUGGGAGUAAUAGCGGUGGUGGUCAGCUGAAUGUGCCUCCUGGACGGUGGCUCACUGCUCCGUUUAAUCUCACUAGUCAUAUGACUCUUUUUCUUGCUGAGGAUUCUGAGAUUCUUGGUGUUGAGGAUGAGAAGUAUUGGCCUUUGAUGCCGCCAUUGCCUUCAUAUGGUUAUGGUAGAGAGCGUCCGGGACCUCGUUAUGGGAGCUUGAUCCAUGGUCAAAACCUCAAAGACAUUGUGAUAACCGGUCACAACGGAACAAUAAAUGGACAAGGACAGUCGUGGUGGAAGAAGCAUCAGAGAAGACUUCUCAACAAUACGAGGGGACCUUUAGUUCAAAUCAUGUGGUCCAGUGACAUUGUUAUCACCGACAUAACAAUGCGUGACUCACCCUUCUGGACUCUUCAUCCAUAUGACUGCAAAAACGUAACAAUAAGGAAUGUCACCAUCUUAGCUCCUGUAACCGGAGCACCAAAUACUGAUGGAAUUGAUCCCGAUUCGUGUGAGGAUAUGGUAAUUGAGGACUGCUACAUUAGCACCGGGGAUGAUGCCAUCGCGAUAAAGAGUGGAUGGGAUCAGUUUGGUAUUGCAUAUGGACGACCUUCAACAAACAUUCUUAUCCGUAAUCUCAUUGUUCGCUCUGUUAUAAGUGCUGGUGUAUCAAUCGGGAGCGAGAUGUCCGGUGGAAUAUCUAACGUGACGAUCGAGAAUCUUCUGAUCUGGAACUCGAGACGCGGAAUCAGAAUCAAAACGGCUCCAGGACGAGGCGGUUACAUCAAAAACAUAACCUACAAAAACCUAACACUAGAUAACGUCCGGGUUGGUAUCGUGAUCAAAACGGAUUACAACGAGCAUGCAGAUGAUAACUACGAUCGGAAAGCGUAUCCGACACUCUCAGGAUUCAGUUUCACGGGAAUCCACGGACAAGAAGUGCGAGUGCCGGUCCGAAUCCAUGGGAGCGAGCAGAUUCCGGUAAGGAAUGUGACGUUUCGGGAUAUGUCCGUUGGGAUAACGUACAAGAAGAAGCAUAUAUUUCAAUGUUCGUUCGUGAAAUGACGAGUCUAUGGUUCUAUAUCCCCACGACCUUGCGAGAAUUUUGAUUUGUGCGACGAGGAAGGUCGUCUUGUUAAGCCUGCUGCUGAGUCCAAUGUGACGGACAUUGACUA